GCAGGUGAGUUUCAUCAGGGUUGCAGUUACCCAGACUUCCUUGGAUCUAUAAAUCUUUAGACAGCAAUUUAUCUUAAGGGAUUCAGCAGCACAUCUUUUCAGUGUAGUUUUGUGUGCCUCACUGUCCCCCCUGGCUGACUAAUUCAGUGCAUCUUCUAGCAGAGUUGAUUGUUGUGAGAUCACAGGUUGAGAGGAUGACAUCUCGAGUGUACUGCUCGUUGAGUGUUGUUUUAUUGUGUCUGUCUGCAUGUUUGAGCACAAACCAUGCUGGAGUCGUAGCAAAGCCGGGACAGUGUCCAAGCACAAAAUCUGGUGGAGUAAAUUGUGCUGAGUUGUGUUCCUAUGACCGUGAUUGUCCCAACAAUGAGAAAUGUUGCAGCAAUGGAUGUGGACGUCAGUGUAUUGAUCCAUAUACAGUGAAGUCGGCAGCUGAACCGGCAAAGCCUGCAGUUUGUGCUGAAAACUGUCAAAAAACUCACCCUGAUGCCCAAUGUUCUGGCCCUAAGGGGGGUCCUCCAGAGCCUGUAGUGAUGGCUGCGUCCGAACCAGCAAAGCCUGCAGUGAAGCCUGUGGCUGAACCAGCAAAGCCUGCAGUGUGUUCUGAAAACUGUCAAAAAGCUCACCCCGAUGCCCAAUGUUUUGGCUCUAAGGGGGGUCCUCCAGAGCCUGUAGUGAUGGCUGCGUCCGAACCAGCAAAGCCUCCAGUGAAGCCUGCAGUAUGUGCUGAAAACUGUCAAAAAACUCACCCUAAUGCCCAAUGUUCUGGCCCCAAGAGGGGCCCUCCAGAGCCUGUAGUGAUGCCUGCGGCCGAACCAGCAAAGCCUCCAGUGAAGCCUGUGGCCGAACCAGCAAAGCCUCCAGUGAAGCCUGUGGCCGAACCAGUGAAGCCUGCAGAUAAACCACCUUAA